CUUUCGAGUUUGUGAACACACAAAAUGGAUUGCUCGAAGCUGUUGGAAACUUUGGACGUGCUCGGUUGCGCCGGUAUUUGCAUAAGCACUGAGAGCUCGCAGCUGCUGCAGAAUUCGUUACUUAUUUUGCAGACGGAGAAUCAUUUUCGAAGAUGUUAUUACUGGGGCAGAAUCAACGGUCUUCGAAACGACUAUCACGUAGCGUACGGCUACGAGAAAGAUUGCAUGAACGGCCAGAGAUACUAUUAUAGCACGGACGGUCUGAACUGGCUGCUGUUACCGAAAGCGACGAAAUGCGGACGAUUCUUGAGUCCGUUGGCGAUCAACAAAUUCGAAGGCGAUCCGUCCAUCGUCGCUAACGUGUACGACGUCAAUCCGCCGUUUCCGCCGAACGAAGAUCCCAAGAUUUAUUACGACGGUCCGCUGCCGAAAGAACUGAAGGAGGAAGAUCGACUGGCUUGCACCGUGGAAUCGAUCACGGAAAACGCUGUAAUUGUGCCGCGAGGAGCCUGGUUUAAGUGUCCGAACGGCGACGUGAUCGAGAAUCCGAGUUUCGAAGGAUUGCGCGCCGCGGACGCAUCGAAUCUAAAGUCCUAUUUGCACGCGCGUCCCCCGAAAGCAAAAUGGACCACCAACUUGAUGUCCCGACCCGAUUACAAUUACGCGUUUGAUUUUUUGGACAGCAUAGACAUGGACGUUCCUCAAGGAUGUUGGAAUUUGCAGUUUCUACUGGGCGGUCGUCUGGUUAUUUUGCACAGCUUAUAUUGGCACGGAAUGACGUUUUUUCACAAACUGAAUUCUCCGCACUACGGAUUUUUAUAUAUCGGCCACGGAAAAAAGAAUCUAGACCUUCCGUUUAUGUUUUAAUACGAAAAAUAUGUAUUAAAAAAAAACUACUCAGAGAUAGCAAUUCUUAAUCAUUCCGUAUCAGACUUUCUAUCGUUGCACGUCAUCGAUAUCGAGACGUUGGACUAAGAGUUGACGUUUUUUUUCUUUUACGUGGACUCCGAACCGUCAGAAAUGCUCGUAAACACUUUUCAUUUUGAAAAUCUCACAGCAGAGAGAUUAACACGUGGAAAAGUUGCAAGAUUCAUCAUCGAGGGAGAACGAUCCGCGAGAGCUCAAAUAAUGUUUAAAAAAUAUCACCGGAUUCGAAAUCUAUAUAAGAGAAAAUAGAAAAUAGU